AUGAAUGCAUCUUCUGAAUUCAUUUCCGUAGGCGGCAACCGGAACCCCGCCGCAGCUGACUGGGAUGAAGCCGGGUCACAACUGCUAGCGUUCGGCGCAGACAACUCCAUCGCACUAUGGGAUCCUCAGGAUGAAAGUCUUCGUGGCGUUCAGGCGGUUUUGAGUGGACAUACCAAGGCCGUUAACGCUGUCAAAUUCUUUCCAACACAACUGCCCGGUGUCUCGGUCCUGCUUAGUGGAUCGGCGGACAAUACGAUUCGCAUAUGGCGAGGCCGAAGGGGGGAACCUUUUGAUUGUGUGAAGGCAAUUUCCGAACACACUCAGCCCGUUACCAGAAUAGCUGUUCUGCCCGGCUCGGACACUUUGGCAACUGGGUCUUCAGACGGCACUGUCAGGAUAUGGAAGCUCGUCCAUGAUGCAGACUUCAACACCGUCGACGUCGAGCUGGUGCAGACUAUCACCCUCUCACCGAAAUACUUCCCUUUGAAUCUAGCACUGGCGACUCUGGAUGAUACAUCUGUAGUGCUAGCAGUCGCGGGCACUCGCGCUACUAUUCAGAUCUUCGUAUCGCAAGAAGGCCAAUUCCAGCUUUCAGCAACUCUCACUGGACAUGAAGGAUGGAUACGUGCGCUUGCCUUCACCAGAGAGACAUCCGAUUCCAACAGCGAUUUACUGCUAGCAUCAGCAAGUCAGGAUAAAUACGUCCGCCUUUGGCGACUCCACCGUGGCGACGAGCUUCCCGCUGCGAGUAGUGCACUCAACGACCCAGCGUUGGGUGGACUGGGCAAGGCGUUAUCAAACAAGGCACAUUGGAUCAGUUCAGCUGCCUCGAAGCACUCCAUCACCUUCGAGGCAUUACUACUAGGGCACGAAGAUUGGAUAUAUCAGGCCUCGUGGCGACAUCGCGAAGGAAAGCUGCAGCUUCUCACUGCUUCCGAAGACAACUCACUUGCCAUUUGGGAGUCCGAUCCAAACUCAGGUGUAUGGGUAUGCAUUACCAGACUAGGCGAGAUCAGCGCCCAAAAGGGCUCGACGAGCGCUACGGGAAGUGCCGGCGGAUUUUGGAUCGGGUUGUGGUCGCCAGACGGCAACACAGUAGUAUCUCUUGGACGAACAGGAAGUUGGAGGAAGUGGACGUACUCAGCCACAGAAGAUAUGUGGACGCAGCAAGUCGCCAUUACAGGGCAUGUGCGCGAGGUCAAGGGCGUGAGUUGGUCAAGAGAUGGCUAUUACAUGCUCUCCACUGGUUCUGAUCAAACAAGUCGACUCUACUCACAAUGGAAAAGAGAAGGCUCAUCGACUUCCUGGCACGAGUUCUCACGGCCCCAAAUCCACGGCUACGAUCUAAACUGCGUUGAUGCGGUCUCCAACUCUCAGUUCAUUUCCGGUGCAGACGAAAAGUUACUACGUAUCUUCGACGAACCUAGAGGUGUAGCAGAUAUGCUCGAGAAGCUCUCUGGUAUCAAGGCAUCAACCACCGCCGAACUCCCAGACGCCGCCAACAUUCCUGUUCUCGGCCUUUCGAACAAAGCUAUUCAAGCCGUCGGGGACGAUGAGCCAGUCGAGAACGGCGAUGAAGACGAGCGCGAAGCCGUUGACCCUGCUUCUGUAAUCCGCAAAUCGACACUAGACUUUAGUCACCCACCGUUCGAAGACCAUCUUGCCCGCCACCUGCUGUGGCCGGAGACAGAGAAACUAUACGGACACGGCUACGAAAUCUCCGCAGUCGCUGUGAGUCGAGACGGAAGUCUCGUUGCAACCGCAUGCCGAGCUAGCUCCAUCGACCACGCCGUUGUACGCCUAUACGACACGAAGGAAUGGCUAGAAGUUAAACCUGCACUCAAGGCACACUCGCUCACUGUCACGGCGCUACAGUUCUCACCAGACGACAAGUACCUUCUCAGCGUUGGACGAGACCGACAGUGGGUUAUCUGGGAGCGUAACGAUGAGCCAUCCAUGUACACACUCAAGUACUCGAAUCCAAAGGGACAUUCGCGUAUGAUACUGGGUGCUGCAUGGACACCUCUCGAGCUGCCCACCUUUAUGACUGCUGGAAGGGACAAGAGUGUCAAGAUAUGGCAGAUAGUCGAUAACGAUGUACAGCUCAAGGCUACCGUACCAGCUAACAGCGCAGUCACAGCAGUAGCAUGUAACAGUGUGCUUUCAGGUGGAAAAGUCAUGUUUGCCUUUGGCACGGAGAACGGAGAGAUCAGUAUUGCGAGCGCGUUGCCAGAUGCUUUGGAUCAGGUACAGGUUUCUAUGGUAAAAGCAGAACUGGUGCCCGCAAAGACUAUCAAUCAGAUUGUCUGGCGGCCUGCAAGGGCUGAUGGCGAGCAACAGCAGAUUGCUGUAGCGAGUGAUGAUACCUCGUUGCGCGUUUUCAACAUUUCGCAAGAGGCAACGUAG